AACGGCCGAAUGUGAUGCUCGUGUGUUCUUUUUCUUUUCGCUCCUUUUUUGCGUCGUUGUCAUUGCAGUGAAAGUGUUUCAUUUGAAAAUUAACUUAGUGAUCGCGAUCGCAAGUAUACCUACUAAAAUAAUGGAAGAGGAUACAGAAAACAUAUUGGUAUCCUGGGAUGUGCCGUCAGAAGUCGUCGAGAACUUCAAAACAACAUCAAACCAGAAGAGUUCAAUUUGCUAGCUGCAAAAAUUGUUUCUCUUUUCCCAACUGAAAGUAUAUAUAUCUACUAUAUGAAAGCUGUGCCAACAUGCAAAUCUGCUUCAAGAAAAUAUGUGCCCGCUAAAGGCAAAUUAGUGGACAAGGUUCGAAAUCUCCUGUACAUAUCAGGAGCAAAGCGCAGGAGCAUUAAAUCCACUUGCUCUAAUAAGGAUUCGGAUACAGAUGUAGAGUCUGUGGAAAAUAAUCAAGAGACUGCCUCAAAUGACGACGCUAUUUGGCUGAAACAUAACAAUGAGCCAUGGGACCAAGUUUGUGAAAGGUGGAAUAACACCUUUGAAUUAAGACACAAACAAAAAUUUGAAACUGUACAUGAUUUUCUCGAAACCUGGGCCAUUUUAAAAGACGGCAAAGCAGAUACUCUGAUACUUUUGGAUUUUGAGAAACAGUUUAAAGAGAAGUCGCUUAACUUCUUUAAAAACUGGGAACUAUUUUUCUCGAAACUUUUGAAGCUUAGAGAAAGUGUCGUGACAAAUGAUAAUGCAAAAGCAUUAAUUGAAGGAUUAGGGAAUAUCAUUGACGAUGACAAAAAAAUUCCGGUGCAGAUUUACCUGCUAGGUUUUUUAAUACCACCCAAAGGCCGAAAAUCUAGGAAAGUCAAGUUCUCAACCACUGAAUCAAUCCAGGGCUUAUUAGUUCAGAUAGAUGACGCCGGAGAUAUCGACAGCGUAAUCGCAGCCCAGAAAGCUAAGGCUGCAGCCCGGAAGGAUACCGUUCAACCCUUCGUGCUCAUACAAGGACCGCUACAAAACUUCGCCCAGAUAUACAUCGUUAUUGAUGAUAUCAAAUACCACGUGCAUUCAGCUGCAAAGGCGUUCGACUUAUUGUUUAAGAUUUAUCACGUUUUCCACGCCAAGUAUCCCCAAGUGUGUGAGCACCUCCACAUAAUUAUUCAAAAAAAGUGUAUCAAAUCCAUACAGCGUAUGAUACAGUACCACCGUAUAUAGUUGACGUUUUAAACUUAGAUGUGUAAAAUUUGGUCUUCGUUUUUUAUAAAAGUUCUUGAAAUGUAAAAAUAUACUAAGGUAUAGAAAUUUCUUUGGUCUUAUGUACCCACUUAAAAAGUAUUUCAUUGUGUAAGGUAUUUGCACCAUCUACAAUUGACGUGAUUUGUUCUAAGUUUGUCUUGUAGAGAAUACUCUGUGGCGUCAACUACGCCUAUCAUUCGAAAAAAGUUAAAUAAAUUCAUAAAAUGCUUUGUUCCGAGUGCAAACUCGAUCUUGGUACUUUUAAAAAUACAUUUUACAUUUGGAACUUAUUCAUAAAAUAAAAACUAAUUAUCAAUGUCCUAUUGAAAAUUGCCAGAGAACGUAUUGUACAAAGUAUUCUUUAAAAGAUCAUUUGACAUUUUUUCAUAAAUUGUUUGAUAAUCGCCGACUUGAUAGUAAGCCAAUAGAAAAAACAUCGCAUCCGAAUUCUCCAAUGUGUACUAAUAUAUCGAUCAAUAAAACUAUAACACAUGAUCCUAUAGAGUUAAACAGUUCUACUAAACUUAAAUCUAAUAGUGAGAACUGUAGCCAAGACAGUGAAAAUGUAACAAUGCAAUUUAAAAAAGAUCUUCACUUAUCUGUUAUACUUCUUAUAUCGAAAUUAUACAGUAAUUUA